CAUCUCGCAACAUGCCCGACAAAGCAAAAAGCUCUCAAUCCUUUUCACGUAGAUGCUCUCAGGUUUUUGUCGACGUGCCACUACCCGCUGUCCACAGGCGAAACUCAGACGAAUCCAGUCCUGGGCCGAGCCUCAAGGAGAACACGCCGCUGCGGCCUUCGAGGAUGAACAGCCAGUCGCAGAUGGCCACGCUCAAUAAUAACUCGAAAAUAGCAAAGAAGCGGAAGGCUAGCGAAGGUGACAGCGCAGAUGUAAACGUUGAGCCGGUCAAAACCAAGGCCAAGAAGCCGAGGUUGGAUCCAGCCGCUCCACAGCCCGACGAAGAGGGGGUUGCGCAGCUUCAGAAGCUAAAAGCUGCCAAUGCUAUCAAAGCUCGCACAAAGCAAGAUGAUAAUACCUUCCGUUGUCAUCACUGUCAACGUUGGUGGCCCAACGGUCAGGGUCUCCGCUGCACUCUUACUCGUGCGAGGUCCAAAACGACAGAUGAACGGUGCUCCACCCAUUACUGCUUCUCUUGCGUUCAGAAAUAUCGCAGAUUAGAGUCCCAGGACUCUAUUUUGUCCCGCGAUGUUACUGAGCUCCCGAAGGAGCAGAGACAGCGUCAUAUGGUAGAAAGCGGAUACUGGUUUGAGUGUUAUCGUUGCCGAAAUCAAUGCGACUGCCAUGUAUGCAGAAGAGCAAGGGGCUUAGAGCCAAUAGGAAAUUUGAGGCAGAAGGCAAGACAGGCGGAAAAGGCUGAAGCGAAGGCUCGAGAGCAGACGCUGAAAGCAGGCUCAUCAUCGCUAUCUAAGGCGAAAAAAUCACCUGCAAAGGGAGCAAGUAAGCUCAUGAAGGCCGCAGAGCUUGAAGUAGCUCAGGCUGCGAAGGCACCGUACACUGCUCUGAAGUCCAAGGCUAAGCCGAAACUGGUACCCAAGGCCAAACCUCUCCCCAAACCUCUGUGGACGCGCGUGCCGACGAGUCUUGCUCUUGAGGAUGUGAAAACCCGGCUGCAUAUUCGAGAGUUCAUCGUUCGCUUCGCAUCUAUCUUGCAGCUUCCCCAUGGUUGUCUCGACGAAUUGGAUGAAGUUUGUGGCGAUAGCCUUGGUCCUGCGGGGGGAUGGGAUGUUGAUGUGGACGACAGCGCGGAGAUUGUUUCCUGGGUUAGCGAGUCGUGCGCCAGGUUCAUCAUCCAAAGCUUGUUGGACGCGAUCGCCAACUUUGCCGACGCCGAGGGUGACGUCGACGCUGCGAGGGCCCUUAAAGAGUCUGUCAAAGCCGUGAAGGCUAGUGGCUCAAACCUUAAUCGCGUCUGGGGUUCAUUGAUCUCCCUCCGCGAAGCUCUCGGGGCUGAUACCACCAUCACCUUCCCGGACCCAUUGCUGCCGCCGGCGUCCACAACUGUUCGUACCACUCGGAGUGCAAUGCACGGCAACGACUCUCAAGGCAUCUACAUCUCAGCCUCUGCCCAGCUCGUACCCGUCAUUGCCAAUCUCAUAGAACAUGCUAUACCGUCCCCUACCAUCAAGGAAGCUUUCGACUCCGGCUCUACUGAAGAAAAAGAAUUGAACAAGAUCGCCAAGGAAGCUAGUACCAAGGAGAACACCCGGUGGAAAGAUUUCUCCGGCACUAGGGACAAACAGCGGCGCGACCAGCACAGUAGGCUCCUCCGCAACAUCGAGUUCUCUCAGCGGCUGGCUUCGACUAGAUGUAUCCCUCGAUGGGCACCCCUUGGACAAGAUUUCGAAGGCCGAGUGUACUAUGCAAUGACCCCAGGUGUGGGCGAGAGCGACGCUGCGAUAGAAUUUCUCAACGGCAAGGAGUCCCGCGUCAGGAUCGGGCGCAAGCGCGAAUGGACGGAAGACGACCGCAGCGAGAUGGCACGCUGGUCUUGGUUCAUCGCCGUCUGGGGCAAGAAGCCUGAGGGUGCAGAUGAAGCCGAGGAAUCGUACGACGAGCGAGAUGAGGCCUGGUGGGGCUUUUGGCAGCCUGGCGAGGUUCGGAAACUCGUCGAGUGGCUCACAAUCAAGUGUGGCCUCGCUGGUGAACACGAGGAGGCUCAAGUCGACCCCGGGGCCGCGAAGCAGAGUGCUAAGAGUCAAGGCAAGAAGAUCCACGGUUUCUCUUCCCCGUCGAUGCUCUCCAGGGACGCCUCGCCACUGUCUGAGCUCUCUGAUGUCGAGGCGGACGGUUUAUUGAUGAAGACCGAUGCCGAGGGUCGUCUGGUGCCUGUCAAACACGAGCUUGAGGCUCUUAUCCGGAGGCUUCGCGAGUACGCUGAGCUACUAGAGUGGCGCAUACAGCGCGUGUCCAGGGAGCGUUCGAUAUCUCCUGAACCUGAGAAGCCGAGCAGGAAGUUCAAGAAGAGCAGUCCAGUUUUGGCUUGAGAUGCUUUGGUUCCUAUCUCUUAUUAUUGGACAGUUGUCACGGUUCGCUAGUACUCGUACUAAUAACGAUCGUCGCUGUACGACGAGGCUUUGGUGAUUCAUAUAAUUCUUGUUCUCGUCUACGUUAUCGCCACUGCUAGUAUACUGUAAAUAAACCUGUCACACGUCCCUAAAUUUCACUCGAUUUACGCUCGCGC